AUGGACCUCGACCUGGGACCUGGACACCGAGACGGGCAACACUCUUACUGCGUCGACGAGCCGUUAUGCGGACCUAGCCUUGGCUGGCGAGGCGAGUGGCGCGGCGGGGACGUCCCGCCCGCCACCUAUGGCAAAUCAGCGUACGAAGGGAAGACGCGAUGGCGCAUUCUGACCACCAACGACGGCCUGCCGUCGUUGACCGUAGCUCGUGUUUUGGAUGUGGGAGGGCCGCAGACAUCCUCACUCACCACCACCGAGAUCAGGGAAGCCGCUGCCGGACGACCAGCGACCGAAACCAGCAACGGCGCCCCAAGCGACGCAAAGAAUGGGGGCGCAACAGCAGCUACGGAGGCCGACAAGCACCUCCAGUUCCUGAUGGCGCUCAUUCCUGGAGCCCAAAGAGCGGGAAACCACGACGAAAACUCGGCUCUGGAGCGCACCUGCUGGAAGUGUCGUGCCGAUGCUUCGGACGACGCGUCCGCUCACGAGGAAGCAAACUGCGAGGGCAGUCGUGCUAGCAGUAUAAGCAGGCGGAGUAAACCCGCCAACCGCUACAGCAGCCUUCCUGAUGCAACAGCUGAGGCUUCCGACUCACAGCAGCCAGAGAGGGCGCCCCCUCCCCCACCGGUUGUCAUCCAGUGGGAGGGCGCCUUCAAAGAGUUCGAGACGAAGAUCAAGCAGGUGGUGAAGGGCACCUUCACAACGCGGACGGCAGGCCGAGACCUGUGCCGCGUCAUCUCACACACCGCGGACGAUUACAGCGGUGUCGACGCCGACGCAGACGCCGAGGCGGACCUCCCGGCGUGCAACGCGCAGGUGUGCCUGCUGCCGGCAGAGCCGCGACACCAGCCGGAGGGCUGUUUCCACGACGUCUGGCAGACAGAGGACGCAGCCGGCGGGGAGUCGGGCGAGGUGGCCCUGGCGCACGCCGCAACCGAGAUCACGCAAGUCGUAGUCGACGAAUGCAGCGCCGACGACCGGGACAACCUGUCCGACGCGUCGCUUGCGGAGGCUAGCGAUACGAUAUACGAGGAAGCUGUGGCCAGCUUGGGCGAGGAACAUGGCGGGAGCUGCGUGGGCGCGCUGGCGGAGGACGCGGCCUCCGUCGCCAGCAGCGGCAGCCGCCGCUGGUCCCCCGGCGAGGUCAACCUCGGCUUCGAGGACACCGAGCCAGACCUGCGCUACGUCGACAUCUCGCGGCCCGACGCCGAUCACCUGCCCUGGGCAGCAGUAGUCGCAGCCAGCGGCCGCACUCCAUCGCAGUACCGGCCGACGGGCUGCAGCGGCGAGAUCCGCUGCGCGCCACCGCGCCUCACCGCCACACGCUCUGGCAGCGGAGACAUCGACUGGAGCUGGGUGUCCGGCGAGGAGGAGCGCCAGCGGCGGGCGUCGAUGCGGCGCGUGGAGCCGCUGCAGCAGCCCCCCACGCUCGCGCACCAAGCGCCGCCGCCCGCAGACUUCCCGCGCAGGUACAGCACGAGCGCGGUGGGGCGGCGGCUGCAGAGCCUGGGGCACCGACCCAGCGCCAGCUCCUCCUCCUCUUCUAGCACCGACUCCGCCCCGGAGAAUAGCCCGCAGCACGCACCCGAGUCCCAGGACAGGACUGGGUCUGGCAGAGGUGGGCGCGGCAGCGGCCAGGGCUGCUGGCCGCACGGGCUGAGCUGCAUGUUCGCCACCCUGGGCUGCACGCUCGGCCUCUUCAACAUCAGCCGCUUCGCAGUCUUCAGCGUCCAGUUCGGCGCAAAUUUUAUACUGCAGUUCAUGUUCCUGACUCUCAUCCUCGGCAUACCACUGCUUACUGUCCAAGCAUCCCUGGGGCAGUAUCUCAAUGCCGGAAUCAUGGACAUGUGGAGAAUCUCUCCAAUUUUCCAGGGUGUCGGUGUAGCACUGUUAGCAUCACAAGCUUUAAUUGGAAUCUACAGCAUAGUUGGAGUGUCAUGGAUGUUCAUCUACUUCCGUGACUCAUUUAUAACUAAACAGGACCAGUAUCCGUGGGCUGUUUUUGAACAAUAUCGUCAAGAACCACAAAUAAAUGGUACUCACAAACUUGAAGAAACAGUACCUGACUACCUCAAUGGAAUGGUCCUUCAAAGACAAAGUCUUGUCUCUCCAGAUCCUUCAUUUGGGCACCUUAAAUUCCAAGUUACAUUCAAUUUGGCUGUAGUAUGGAUGAUAGUAUUUGUUUCUUUAAGCAAAGGCCUUAAAUCAUAUGGCAAAGUUGUUUAUGUCUUCUCAUUGUUUUCUGUUCUUGGGAUGUUGAUACUUUGCACAAAAAUUCUUGGUCUAACAAAUACUUCAUCUGGACAUAAGGUUUUCCCAGAAACAGUAUGGAGUGAAUUUUUCAUUAACACAAAGUGCUGGGUGGCUGCUACAACAGAGGUUUUCUAUACAUGGGGUUUGCUGGGAGCUGCUGUUAUGCAGAUUACAUCUCAUAACCAGCACAAACAUCUCCUUCAUCGAGACAUCAGCAUUGUUAUUAUUGUCACACUUGCAGUUUUACUGCUCUCAGCAUUCCUUGCUAACACUUGUGUUGAACUGCUAGCAGCUAGUGGCUACACCUACAUUCCAAGUUCAUUUGAACAAUUACGAACUGUGACAUUCCUUCAAGCUGAAGGUGCACCACCGCAUCCAAUAUUUGCAAGAACACCUGUGCGCUACAUGUCUCAUAGCAUAUUUAUACUUGGGUCACGUGUUCUGCUUCCUGGUAUGGAUUCAGCAAGGGAAAGUGGUUAUCAAGUGCUGAGACUAGCAACAGAGCUAGCACCAGCAACAUUUGCACUUAUGGGCUCUGAACGAGUCUCACCUUUUUGGGCAGUGCUCUUUUAUUUUGUUUUGAUAACAUUUGGAAUUGCUCAACAGCUGGCCAUAUGGCACUGUGUAAUUACAGGAAUAACAGCUAUAAAAUCAUCCAGCCUUAAAUCAUGGGAAACAACAAUUACAUUCUUUAGCUGUGCCUGUGGAUUUGUUCUUGGAUUGCCCAUGACCACAGAGCUUGGAAUAUUUGUUGUCUACUUCAUGGACUUUGUUGUUGGCUCUGGAUGGUGGAUUAUGGUGCUUUAUCUCCUGCAAAUUGCAGCUGUUUUUGUGGUACGUGGUCGCCCAUACAGUGGAGAGAGUGUUGUCUCAACAUUGUUUACGAAAGGCUCAGGAUGCUUACAAGUAUGGGCUGGGCCCAUGCUUGUUUUUACUUGGAAUGUUAUUCUGCCAGUGGCACUAAUGGUUCUGUGCAUCACAAUUUUUAAAAAUGGUCGCUAUCGUGAAAUGUAUAUCUGGCACAAUACAGGUCAUGAUUACUGGCCAUUGUGGGUGAGGGAAAUUGGAUCACUAAUGCAGAUUCUUCCAUUGUUAGCUGGCCCUCUGGUGGCAGUGAUACAGAGUUGCCGCUACCUUUCUGGUGGUCCACCAGAUCUCUUUGAUAGAAUCCGAUUACUUUACCGCCCACCGGUAGAUGCAGAAGAGGGUCAUGACAGUACCCAUUCUACAAAUAAUGUUAACACAACUAGCACUACCAACAUCAUAUCUUCACCUGUGCAAGAACCAGCUUUUGAGGAUCCACCACCUAAAUAUACUCCUCCACCAUCAUAUACUACAGCAACUGGAGCAAGAAUUGCAAAGCUGUUAAGGCAAAGCUUCCGACGUAGUGUGCGCAGAAUCACACAAGCUCUGACUGACAGCAGCAACACCUCUGAGUUCCCUGCCGGGCCAAGGUCAUUAGCAGCUGCAGUAACUGCAUCAUCCAGUAACAGUCAAGCCCCACCUCCAGAUUAUGCUGCUGUGCUUGUGGAGAUGAACUGCCCUGUUAAUAGUGAGGCAAACAUGAAUCCCUCACAGUCCACCAUGACAGCUGCCGAAGUUGUUAGUGUCCUCAGAAGCAGUGUUCGAAGGCCAGUGCCGCGAUCCCAGCAAGAUAAUGUUGAACCUGCAAAGGUGGAACGGCAUUCAACUUCUCUGAUAUGAUACCAAAGAUGUGGUCUCAGUAACAUUAUCUGUGUCUCUUCAGACUUUUGUGUGUGUGUGUGUGUUUUCUUUUUUUAGCCAAAUUAAGAUUAACUAAAAUUACUGUCAUCUCUUGCACCUUCAUUGUAUUGAUAACUGAAUUUACAAUUCAGAUAUCAGUGUGUACUGAUAUAUGUGGAACAUAUAGCAAAUGUCAGUGUUUACUGAAAGUUCAGUCUUGGAGGACAUUCACAGAGCCUGUGUGUGUGUGUGUGUGUGUGUGUGUGUCCCAUUCACUGAUGUUUUAUUAUGGAUUUUAUCCAUGUAUUGUACUUUUGGAAAAAUUAUGCGAUGAUGCGAAAAUGAUUUGUAAUAAAACAUAAAUUCUUACUGGA